AUCACUCGCAACAUGGCGGCAACUGGGAACGAAGCGGAGACGUUAUUGCCAGAUAUUGAGGAGGAGGAGGAAGAGGCCGAGGAGAUGGAGCGGGAGAUGGAGUCCGAGGACGAGGAGGGCAUGGGUGUGGAGAAUUCCGACGAGGAGGACGAGGGUGACACGUCCGAGGACGAGCGGGAAAACGAAGCGGAGAUUCAGCGGCUGGAGGAGCAGCUGUCCAUCAAUGCAUUCGAUUAUAACUGCCAUGUAGACCUGAUCAAGCUGCUGAGGCAGGAGGGGAAGCUGCACAGACUCCGAAAGGCCCGGCAGAAGAUGAGCGAGCUCUUCCCUCUUACAGAAGAGAUCUGGCUGGACUGGCUGAAGGAUGAGAUCAGGCUGACUGAGGGGGAGGAGUCGGAGCGGGAGAAGAUCUACGAGCUGUUUGAGAAAGCUGUGAAGGACUACAUCUGUCCUGAUAUCUGGUUGGAGUUUGCGCAGUACUCUAUAGGAGGGAUGGGGGCUGAGGGGGGCAUUAGCCGGGUGCGCUCCAUCUUCGAGAGGGCUCUGACCGCUGUGGGUUUGCACAUGACCAAAGGAGCUGCCCUGUGGGAGGCCUACAGAGAGUUCGAGAUCGCCAUCCUGUCCACUCUACAGCCUCCUCCUGGCAGUGUGUUGAGUGGGGAGCAGCAGGAGCAGCUGAACGCACAGCUCGAGAGAAUCCACACACUCUUCAGACGCCAGCUGGCCAUUCCUCUGCUGGACAUGGAGGGGACCUACGCGGAAUACUCCGAUUGGGCGGAGGAGGGUGUGCCGGAAAUGGUGACGCAAAACUACAAGCGAGCUGCACAGCAUCUGGAGAAGAGCAGGCCGUACGAGGAGGCUUUGUUGGUGUCGGAGCCGCCGAAGCUGGCCGAGUAUCAGGGCUACAUCGACUACGAGAUGAAGGAGGGGGACCCGGCCCGAGUCCAGAUCAUAUUUGAGAGAGCGCUGGCAGAGAACUGCCUGGUACCAGACCUGUGGGCCAAAUACACAACGUACCUAGAUCGUCAGUUGAAGAUCAAAGACCUAGUGUUGUCCUGUCACGAGCGGGGAGUCCGAAACUGCCCCUGGACCAUGGGCUUGUGGAAAAGCUACCUGUUAGCUCUGGAGAGACAUGGAGCAGAGCAUCAUAUAGUAUCAGAUGUGUUUGAAAAGGCUCUGAAUGCUGGCUUCAUACAGGCCACGGAUUAUGUGGAGAUCUGGCAGUCACACCUGGACUACCUGAGGAGACGUGUCGAUUUUAGCAAAGAGGGGAGCAGAGAGCUGGAGGAGCUGCGAUCGGCUUUCUCGCGCUGUCUGGACUACCUGAAACAGGACGUGGAGGAGAGGUUUAGUGAGAGUGGUGAUUUGUCCUGUACGAUAAUGCAGGUCUGGGCCAGAAUAGAGGCCUUGCACUGUAAGAAUAUGCAGAAGGCGAGAGAGUUGUGGGAUAGCAUCAUGACCAAGGGGAACGCUAAAUAUGCCAACAUGUGGUUGGAGUACUACAACCUGGAGAGGUCGUAUGGAGAUGCUGCUCACUGUAGGAAAGCUCUUCACCGGGCGGUUCAGUGUACCACUGAUUACCCCGAGCAUGUGUGUGAAGUUCUCCUCACCUUUGAGAGGGUGGAAGGUUCUCUGGAGGACUGGGACGCUGCUGUGCAGAAAACUGAGUCCAGGCUGAAUCGAGUGAACGAGCAGAGAGUGAAGGCUGCAGAGAAGGAGGCUCUGAUUGCCCGUCAGGAGGAGGACCGAGUAGAGCAGCGGCGGAAAGCCAAGGCUGAUAAAAAAGCCCAGAAAAAGAGUCAGAAAACCAACAGAACCGGAGACAAGAGGAAGGCAGAGGAUGACGUAGAAGAUGAGUGGGGAGAGGAAACAGAAAUGUCUCAUAAGAGGCACCGAGGCGAGGACAAUUUCAGUCCGGCUGUCUCAGAGGAGCAGAUGGAGACUGAAAGCGGACUGUUUGGACGUCGUGCUCCUCCGCCACGCAAAGCAGAGCCUCCAGCGCCUCGCAAGAACCAGCAAGCGAUACCAGAAUCCGCCGUCCGCAAAAUCUCGGACAUUCCACCUGAGCAGCGCAAAGACUCCAGCAGCGUGUUCGUUAGUAAUUUAUCUUUUACCAUGGAGGAACCAGAGGCCAAAAUGAAAGCUGUGUUUAACGCCUGCGGGACCGUCGUGGAGGUGCGGCCUGUGUACACCGCUAAAGGAGCGUUCAGAGGAUACUGCUACGUGCAGUUUGAGGACGAGCUGGCUGCCCAGGAAGCGCUGAAGCUGGACAGGGUGGAAGUGGACGCAAGGCCGAUGUAUGUGUCUCCCUGUGUGGAUAAAAGCAAAAAUCCUGAUUCAAAGAUCUUUAAGUACAACACGUCAAUGGAGAAGCAUAAGAUCUUUAUCUCGGGACUGCCCUACACCUACACUAAGGAGCAGCUGGAGGAGCUGUGUAAAGAGCAUGGUGGAAUCAAAGCUGUCCGCCUCGUCACCAACCGCGCCGGCAAAUCCAAGGGGCUGGCAUACGUGGAGUUUGAGAACGAGACACAGGCGUCCCAGGCCGUACUGAAGAUGGACAGGACAAAGAUAGAGAAUUUUACACUCUCGGUCGCCAUUAGUAACCCACCAGCCAGGAAGACGGAGGGAAGUUUAGGAUCGGGCCGUGUGCUUGGAUCGAUGAUGCCUAGGCAGCUGCAGGGAGCUCGGGGUAAAGGACGGACGCAGGUCUCCCUACUCCCUCGCUCUCUACACCGGCAGAGCGUCCCCGAGGCCAAGACAGAGAACGGCACGACGGCCAAGCAGCAGGACGGCAUAACCGAUGGCCAGGGAACCAAAUCCUUGUCCAACGAGGACUUUGCGAGGAUGCUCCUGAAGAAGUGACACCGCUCGUAUGCAGCACCUGAACACGACUAAAUUAACCUGCCUUGUGUCGGAAGCCAUUCUGUGUCCUUAUUACCGCCGGGAGGAAGACGCGAGCUGCGUUUUAUUUUUCUGUAAAUAUGUGAAACGCCCCCCAGAUUAUAUUAAAGGGAGAAAAAAUAAUUUUAACACAGUGUCAGUGGAAACAAGUGGGUCGAUUUGUGUGUUAUUGGGUUUUUUUUUUUUUUAUUUGAUUAGUUUUUUUGUGUUUUAUUUGAGUGGGGGUGGCAAAGUUGGGGGCAGAAUGAAGUAUUUUUUUAUCAAGAUGUCAAAGCAACUAUGUGAAUCGUUUUAAAUAAGGUAUAUGCAAGAACUUGAUAUUUACUAUGAAAGCAAAAUGUGUUAUAAAUGAGAAAAUGGUC